AUGCCCAGUGUCACCAAAAGCAAGGAAGACGUCAAGCAGCUUCUCCAGUCGCUGGACGAUGCGAUCGCUACCUGGAAGCCGCUGCUGAAUCUGGAGCUCCGAGAAAAGCCAUCUCUGAAAUCCUCUCAAGUGAGCCAUCCUCUGGAAGAGCUGAGUAAGCUGGGACAGCUGAUUCAUGCACACACCACGAAAGUGGGUAUUGUUUACCGGCCUCCCAUCUCUCCAGAAAACUUCCAUGCCUGUUUUGUAGAGGUCGAAAGCGUCACAAGGAGCCUGGUUAUGCUUGUGAGCCUGUGUUCCCAGCUAAUUGCAGAAAAAAAAGAGUACUCAGCAUUGUACAUCCAAAGAGUGCUCGACGAAGUCCACACCUUGCUUGGGACGUUUUCUGUGCUAAGCAACGAGCUCUCCGGGUUGCUGGACGCACAGGACAACGAUGCCGACAGCACAAGGCUCGUUUCAGUGGGGAAAAUAUGGGAGAUCUGCGACAAUCUCUCGUCUCUGGUCCGCUUAGGAGCGAGCGGAGUGCUGCGCGCCAAAUUCAAGGAGUCUGCCUCACUGCUAGCAGACGGACUUGAGGAAUAUGAGGAGUGGCUGGAGUCUCCGAGCGCAGACAACGGCGACUUCUUUGAGGAGAGCGACCACGAGGACGAGGCAGAGCAGAAAGAGGUGGACUCGGAUCUGAUCUCGUUCGGCUCUCAGUGGGUGCAGAAACUCAAACUGAUCAAGCUACUGUUCACAAGCAUGGAUAAAAACAUCGGCAAAACACAACACACAGAAAAGGUAUCGUCCGAGCUCGACAGAAUGAACUCAGAAAGGCUGGAGAUUGGUCUCCUGGUAGAUGAGUUUAUCUCUGCGAUUAUCUACGACAUGGAUCAGACGGCGGCCCAAGAGUAUGCCUCGCAACUCACUAAAGCUUGCUUGUCUUUAACAGAAGUCGUUUCCCGUCUGGAACCGAAAAAGGUGAAAUGGUUUGACACUUGGAAAACGAAAUUCCAGGAAAAUAUAUAG